UUGGAGACCAUGAGUGAGUUUCCAGACUACGAGGACGAAUCCUUCCCUCCUCUCCCCCCUCCUGUGUCCCCUGGUGGGGGAGGACGGGAGGACGGAGAGCUUUUGACCAACGGAGGAGAAGAAGAAGGAGGAGGAGAUGUUUCCAAACUGGCUGAAGUUCCUGCAGCUAAAAGAAAAGGAGUGAAAAGACCUCAACCCAAACUGGACUCUAACAGGCUGAUUUCAGAACGAGGACUUCCAGCUCUGAGGACUCUGUUUGACAACGUCACCUUUAAAGGAAAAGGACACGAGGUGGAGAAUCUGCGUCUGCUGAUGCAGAAGAUGGAGAACUGGGCUCACCGCUUGUAUCCUAAAAUGCAGUUUGAAGAUUUUAUCGACAAGGUGGAAAAACUGGGCAGCAAAAAAGAAGUUCAGACUUGUCUGAAACGGAUCCGACUGGACAUGCCGCUGACACAUGAGGACUUUACAGGUGAGGAGGAGGCCCCACCUGAGCUGCAGGUCUUUGAGGAUCCGUUCAGCAGGGAGGGUUUCCUUCACGACCUCCAGGCUCCGAUCAGCUCCACUCCGGCUCCCGUAGGACCUCAGAGAUCUCCAGGACCUCAGAGAUCUCCAGGACCUCAGAGAUCUCCAGGACCUCAGAGAUCUCCAGCAGCUCCGGCUCUGACCGAGGAGCAGCUCCGACGGAUGGAGCUGAACAGACGUUUGGCUCUGGAGAGGAAACUGGCCCGACAGCAGCAGCAGGAAACAGACUCUCAGAUGUUGGAGGUCGAACCUUCGUCGGGUUCUUCUGGAAACGUCCUCGAUGGUUCCACCGAUCAGGAGGAGACGAUUGAAGAUCUGCAGCCGAUUAGCAACAACACACAACAACAAACAGAACAACAACAAACAGAAGAACCAGAAGAAGAACAGCAACCCAACCAGCCUCCAAACACAGACUCUGAACCUCCUCAGACUGAAGAAGAACCCAAACCAGAGCUCUAGGAGGAGGACUAACGCUGACUGUGGUAGGAGGCUUCACCUGGACCACAUUUAAAAUUCCUGUUGUUUCACAACGUUUACCUGUUUAUAGAGUUUCAUAUCCAAAAUAUAAAACCAAACACUGAUUCUGUUGUUAAAUGUGGUCUAGAAUCAAACAUGGUUUCCUUAUUAAUCCUGUAUUUACAGUUUAGUUUCUCCAUUAACUCAUUAAAUGUUUGUUUUUAAACUUCAAGAAACAAGUUUGGUUUUUUGUUUCAUCUAAAGAUACAAAGUUUGAGUUAUUUUGUUCCAAUCAGUAAUCAAUAACCUGAAGUAAGUCCAUUUAUAACAGUAUAUCCCCUUUAACCCUCCUGUUGUCCUCAUUUACGGGCACCAAAAAAUAUUGUUUCCUUGUCUGAAAAAAAUUCCCCAAAUUUCUGAAAAUUUGCAAAACUUUCAGGAAGAAAUUUUCAAUAAUUCCUUAAAAGUUUCCCUUAAAAGUUUUAUUGAAAAAAUCCCCCAAAUUUGGCAAGAAAAUUCUUGUAAAUAUUUUCAAAAAAUGAGUAAAAAAAACUUCCAAAAAAAAUCCUAAAAAUAUCUAAAGUGAUUCCAUAUAUAUCAGUAAAACUUCUAAUCUUUUAUUGAAGAACAUUCACAUAAAAAUCUACCAAAAUCCAGCAAAAUUCGCUGGAUUUUGGUUGAUUUUUUUGUUCUUAAAGAAACAUUUUUUUUUAACAUUUCUUUUUUCCACCAAAAAACGUUCAGAGAUUUCCCAAAAAUGUUGAAAAUGUGGACAUCAGAUGUUUCACUGUGAAAAUAUUUUUUUCCCCACAUUUUCAAACUUUGAAACGGGUCAAUGACCCGCAGGACGACACAAGGGUUAAAGUGACGUUGGAGGUCAUUAAUCACCACUAGAGUCUUUGUCAUGGUGCCCCUUUAUGAGCUAAACUCCCACAAUGCUCUCUGCUUCAACAUGAACUGUUGUCUGAGUGAAGAAACAUCCAGAAAACUGUGACUUUAAAUGUUUUUUAAUUGAUGAACCAGAGAUUAGUCAGCAUCCAAACACUUUUUUUCAAUAAAAAAUAAAUGCUUCCAAAUAUC